GUGUGUGUGUGGUGUGUGUAGGGCUCCUGCAGAGGAGCUGUGGUAUGUGGGGUCCCCCUCCCUCUUUUCUCCCCAGAGAGGAUCUGAUUCCCCCUGAAUUUUCUAAAUAUCUGGAAGCAAGGCCUCAAAUGCACGACCCUGUCUUCUCAGCAUAACUCUUCCUAGGUUUCUCAGUCCAUUUUUAGUUGCUCAUAACUCAACACCACAGUCUGGGUAAUUUAUAAAGAAAAGCUUAUUUUUAGUUCAUGGUUCUAGUCCAGAGUUGAGAGGUGCCAUCUGGUUGUUUGCUGGCAGAGCUGGAAUAGGCACAGGGCAUCACAUGUCCAGAGAAAGGAAGUGCCAGAGAGACUUAGCCAAACUGGCUAAGUUUAAAAUAACCCAUUAAUCCAUUAAUCCAUGGAUGCAUUAAUCCAUUCAUGAGGGUAGGGCUUACUCACCUCUUAAAGGUCCUGCUUGUUGAUAUCUCAUAACGGAGCAGAUAGAUGCCCAUGGCAGGGAGGAAUCUCUUGAUAUACCCUCAUUUAAGUGGCUAAGCCUUUGAGAUAGUAAGAUUUUUUUUCCCCCUAACCAGGUCUUUUUUUUCUUAAAAACAUAUUGGUUAGCCCACUUAUCAGAUGUUGGUGCUGUGGGGACAAGAUAGAAAUGAUUCCUGCCCCUGGAUUCCUUGUGAAGGGAUAAAACUAUCCCAAAGGACUAGGAAAACCCACCCCAAUAAGAUGGUGCCAUUUCCUUUCUUUUCCUGAAAGGGAAAAUUCACUUUGGGCACACAGCAGGGAAGUCUGAUUCCCUUGGAGGGUGGAUAUUGAGCAUGUCAGUUAGCAGGAUGGAAGGUGAGGGGAAAUGUCCUGUGUGGUAGGAUGGAUUGAUUGAACACCAGCACUGCACUCCCUAGCCUUGUCAUUUAGGAAAGAUUUACUUCUUUGAGCCUCAGUUUUUCAGUGGAACUUGAGAGGUAAGACAAAAUAUAUUCAAAGAAGCAAGAAAGAGGUGAUUUCAGAAAAAAUUAAAUAUCUAGCCUUAUCCUUUCCUUUAAAUUUUUUUAUUAACCUUUGUUCUUCUCCAUAUUGUGUGUAGUACAUUUCCCAGAUCUGGUCUUAUCUUUUGGUUGACUUCAAAUGGGAUAAUAGGACUUAGCCUUGAGAAUGCUGCUGGGGAUGAGAAUCUCAGAGACAUGGGGAAAAUCACUGUUCCACAGUGGCUGCAGAGAAAUAAAGACAUUUCCACCAGAAGGUAUGGUAGGUAGAUUAGUGGAUGACAAAGACUCACCGAAACUUGAGUUUGUCUCCAUUCCUGGGUGAGGAGCUUGGGACAGUGAACAGUGAACACUGUUCUCUUUUCUGGUACUUAGACUUAAGAGGCAACGUCCAGAAAUAUUCAAAUAUAAUUAGUGCUAGCUAAUUUGUUGCAUGGAAAUGAUAAUUAAGUUACAUUGUAAUUGUCUAAAGGGAUAGACACUUGUGCUUUUGCAGUUGAGCUACGAUGGAUAAGUGCCUUAGAAUUCUUUACCUCCUAUAUAUAUAAACAAAGCCUAAGUGAUUUUAAUAGAUUCCUCAAACACUGGGUAUUUUCUCCCUUAAAAGUAAGUGAAUAGUGUUGGUCAAGGAGGAGUUCCGUGCCCAGUGACUUCAUGUUAAGGCCAAUGCUGAGUCUGCAAAUGGAAGUCAGGAAGGCCCAGUUGUUUAUUCCUAGGAACCUGCCUUGCUGGUGUGUGACAAUGCAGAGCCCUUGGUACCGAGAGACACUGAAAAAACAAAAUAAUCCCCACUGUUAUGUUGAACUAUAGUGCACUCAUAAAAACAUUUUUUUAAAGUCAUUUACCAUUUAAAAAAAAGAUACGUGGGUAUCUUUCUAGGCUCUCUGUCACAUUCUAUUGCUCUAGAUCUCUGUUUUCAUGCCGUCACCAGAUUGUUUUGAUUACUCUACCAUUGAAUAAGAAUUUGAGGAUUUCAACACCAAUAUUCAUUCAUAAGGGACAGUUGACCGUAGUUUUGUUGUUGUUGCUGUUGUUAGCCUAAUUUUGGUCUUGUAGGAUAAAUUUGGAAAUGUUACCCUUCAGUGUUUUUGGAUGAGUUUGAGUAGGAUUGGGGAUUAUUCUUCCUUAAAUGUUUGGUAGAUUUUCCAGUGAAACUGUUUGGUUCCAGACUUUCAUUUGUUGGGGAUAAGGUUGAGGUUGAUUACUUUAUCAGCCUCCUUAUUAGUUGUAGGUCUGCACAUAUUUUUUAUUUUUUCAUGACCCAGUCUCAGUAGAGUGGUGUGUUUCUAGACAUUUUUACGCUCCAUUCAGGUUACCCUAUUUGUUGGUGUGCCCCUGAGACUUCUUAAAUAAGGUGUGAAGCAUGCAGUUCUGUCAGUUUUAUUCUACUGUUGUUAUACAGGAGCCCCACUCAUGUCAUGGUAAACUGUAGGGGAAGGCAGAACAUUGCAUGGAUGUGUUUUGACCUCAUUUUUUAGGAUGCCUGUGUUCCUGGGUUGUGACUUCCGUAAGUACUCUUCAUCCUUAUGCCUUAGUUGAGGAGGAAGGUUCCAGAGGGGUGGAGCUGGAUGGUAUGCUUCCCCAGAGGUUUGGCUCUUGCUGUGAUUUGGAUGUAGUUUGAGUGUCCCUCAAGGCUUCAUGUGUUGAAAUUUAACCUCUACCCUUAGGAAUUAAGAGUAUAGACACUUAACCUCACUGUAGUAUUUAGAGUUAGAGCCUUUUGGAGGUGAUUAGGUAAUCAGAGUGGAGCCCCCAUGAUUGAAUCCUUUUGGUUUCAUCACCAGAGGGAGAUAAAGCAGAACAUAAACACACACACACACACACACACACACACACACACACACACACACCCCUACAUCUUGUCUUUUGCUGUAUAAUGCUCUGCACUGUCUCAAGACUCUGCUUGCAAGAAGGCCAUCACCAGAUGUAGGCUCUUUACUUUGUAUUCUCAUAACUUUGAGCCAAAAGAAGCUGCUGCUUUUUUUUUUUUAAUAAAGUAGCCUGCCUUAGUAACAUAAAGCUCUGGUAACAUCCCCAUUGAUAAGGCCUUUGAGAAAUUGUUUUGAAGACUGGACUUAAGAACACAUUUCUGUGGGCAUAUUUCAAAAUGACUACUUUUAUUUUCUUCCUGCUCAAAGCAGGAAACAGUUUUUAAUCUGACCAUCACAAUGAGAACUGUAAUGUUUCUGGAGGUAGAACUCAUAAAUGAAGGGGGACUUCCUAAGAAUGGGCCCCCUCUACUUUUCGCCUCUCAAACUUGUGUCCAUUCAAUUCAGACUUCAGCAAUUCAUCAAUAUGGUUUAGUUCACAUUUUCUUUUGUUCUUGUUCUUUUCUUGUUCUCCCUCCCCAUCCUCUUAUAUAUAUUUUUUACCCUCUGUAAUGCUUCACAGAGGUUUCUGCAUACAGGUUUUUAUUCCAAUAAGUUAUGAUUCUUUUAUUAGAUUGGUGGGGUCUUUCCCAAAAUCCAGAUUCUGAAUGCUAUCAAAGGUCAAUACCAGAAGAAUGUAUGUAUGAUGUAUCAAAAUGCAUUCUACUGUCAUAUGACUAAUUAGGACAAAUAAAAAGGUCAAAUAUUGAAAGAGACUGUUCUAAGGAUAUGCAGUCUCAGGACUGCUAAUGGUAGGCCCUUCAGUACACCAACACUUUGCUAUGACAGGGACUGUAGGUCUUCGGUUCAAAGAGACAUUAAGGGUGAUCCAAGCUGCACAUCUUACUCCAUAAACUCAUCAAUGAGGGGUGUGUUCCUGUUCAUCCAUUGCUUUAUGCAUGGUUCAAGUCUAUCACCACAAUUGCUGUGUUGGAGGAUGUGAGAGUGAAUAAAGGGUAAAUCUGAUUACCAAGUCAUAGAAUAAAUAUUUUGAGUCCACAGCAUCAUGUAAACCUAUUAUGAUUUCAGUGUAGAUCAACAGUGUUGAGUCUUACCCUUCCUAUAUUAAACAUGUGGGAUGUUUUAGGACUUAAUGACCUUUGAGGAUGUAGCAGUGAACUUCACCCUGGAGGAAUGGGCUUUGCUGGAUCAUUCCCAAAAGGAUCUUUACAGAGAAGUGAUGCUAGAAACCUUCAGGAACCUGACCUCUGUAGGAAUACAAUGGGAAGACCAGAACAUUGAUGAUGAACACAAAAAUUUUAGAAGAAAUCUAAGAAGUCAAGUGAUAGAGAGACUAUGUGGAUAUAAAGAAGGUAGUCCAUGUGAAGAAAUCUUCAGCCAGAUUUCAGAUCACAUUGUGAAAAAGAAAACUCCUGCUUUAAAACCAUAUGAAAGCCCUGAAGGUGGAGAAGUGACCAUUGGUCAUUCAUCCCUUAAUGGGCAUAUCACAUCUGAUUUUGGACAUAGACUAUAUGAGUAUCAGGGAAAAUCCUAUGAACAUGAAGAACAUGAUGAAAUCUUUAACUGGACCAAUCUCAUUCAAAACUAUGAAAUAACUCAUACUGGGGAGAAACCCUAUGAAUGUAAGCAACAUGCAGAAGCCUGUAGGAGCUCCAGUUAUGUUCAGAUACAUGAAAGAACUCACAAUGGAUUAAAACUCUAUGAAUGUAAGCAAUGUGGGAAAGCCUUCAGGAGUUCCAGUUAUGUUCAGAUACAUGAAAGAACUCACAAUGGAGUGAAACCCUAUGAAUGUAAGCAAUGUGGGAAAUCUUUCAGCUGUUCCAGUUAUAUUCGAAUACACGAAAGAACUCACACUGGAGAGAAACCCUAUGAAUGUAAGCAGUGUGGGAAAAUGUUCACUUAUCUCCAGAGUGUUAGAAGACACAUGAUAAUGCACAGUGGAGAUGGACCAUAUAAAUGUGAGGUAUGUGGGAAAACAUUUCAUUAUCCCAGUUUAUUUCGUAUACAUGAAAGAACACACACUGGAGAGAAACCCUAUGAAUGUAAACAAUGUGGUAAAGCCUUUAAGUGUCCCAGUUCUGUUCGAAAUCAUGAAACAACUCACUCUGGUGAGAAACCCUAUGAAUGUAAGCAGUGUGGGAAAGCCUUCAGUUGUCCCAGUUACAUUCGAAUGCAUGUAAGAACACAUGCUGGAGAGAAACCUUAUGAAUGUGAGGAAUGUGGGAAAAUAUUCACUUGUCUCAAAAGUGUUCGAAGACACAUGAUAAUACACAGUGGAGAGAGACCUUAUAAAUGUAAGCAAUGUGGGAAAGCCUUCAGUAGUUCCAGUUAUGUUAGAAUACAUGAAAGAACUCACACUGGAGAGAAACCCUAUGAAUGUAAGCAGUGUGGGAAAGGCUUAAGUAGUUCUAAUUCCUUUCGAAGACAUGAAAAAAUUCAUACUGGAGAGAAACCUUAUGAAUGUAAUGAAUGUGGGAAAGCCUUCAGGUGUCAAAAUUCCUUGUAUAAACAUGGAAAGACUCAUAGCAAAGAAUAAUUGUACAAGUAUAAGACGUGAUAAAGUCUUCUGUUGUUUCAGUCAUGAAUACGUAAUGAAUUUAAUACUGUACAGACACCCUGUGGAUGUAAGGGAUGUUGGAAAAUAUUCUCUUGUCCCAGUUCCUUUUGUAAGAAUGAAAGAACUGAUCCUGAGGAGAAAUCCUACCUAAGGAAUGCAGGAAAGCUGAUAAUCUCACAGCCUUUCUAACACACACAAGAAUGCAUGUGUAGAGAACUACUAUGAAUGGAGUUUGGAAAAGCUUUUAAUCCUCACAGUUCAAUUCAAAGCCAUGGAAGAACGCACAGGGAAAGAAUAUGAAUGGUAUUCAAAUGUCUUCAGUUGGCUUAUGUCCUAACAGCAUGUACAAAUGUACAUUGGGGCUGGGGAUGUAGCUUAGUGGCAGAGCAUUUGCCUAGCAUAUGUGAAGCCCUGAGUUUGAUCCCCAACACUGAAAAAACUAAACCAACCAAGGAAAUUUCAAUUUAACAAGCAUUUCCAAGAUUUUUGUGGAAACUACCAAUGUUUUGAAAUUAUAUGUAUCAAAGAAAUAUAAAAUGCUUGAUACAAACUAAUUUGGGUAUAUUGCUCACCAGAAAUCAUAAUUUGAAGGAAAUGUUAUAAAAGCUGUACCUUUAUUAAUAAUCUUUAUCAGUGACUUUCUCUUAAAGUAGAUCUCUCUGCUAUGGAUUUCAAAAUCUUAUUCUCACAAAGAAAUGUUGAACUGAGAUAAUUCUGUAAGUACCCUUGAAUUAAUGAGUUCAAUAGGUAUUUUUUUUCUCUUAUGCCAGUUAAUAAUUUUUUUUCUCAUUCAUUUUAUAUAUGUAAGUUUGUAAGAUUCCUGAAUGAAUUGAGAUGUAGUUCUAUUAUGCAGUAGAUCUGAUUUUUUUUAUAUAGUUUUAAAUUAUUCUGUGGUUAAUGGGACAUUGAAAAAUUAGUCUUUGUUAAUAGUUGAGUGUUUUGUCAGGUAUUUUGGUGUUUGUUGAAUCAGGGUCUUGUUAUAUCAUUCAGGCUGGUCUUCAAACUCUUGGGUUCAAGGGUUCCUCCAGCCUUAGACUUCUGAGUAGCUGGGACUACAGGCAUGCACCACUGUGCCCACAAUUAUUGAGAGUUUUGUCACUGAAUUGGCAGAUUUGGGAUAUCCCUUUUCUAUCAUAUACUUUCUACCCUUCUUUAUUAUGGGGAAAAAAUUGGUAUAGUGAAGUUCAUUCUCUUCUCAUUGCUAAUAAAUAAUUGGCAUUAAUUUGUAAA